AUGUAUCCUACGACCAAGCUCCACGCUGUUAGCGACGCCAAGAGUCUCGGACCACUGAACAUGUCGCAGCAAGCAGCGUUCACCGUCACCGCCACGGAUGCCGCCGCGUCUAUUCCGGCCACAUUGACGCCUGUUGUAAAGAGCUGCAAUCAGACAUCAGAAUCGCAGCUGAACGCGCUUGUUGCAGCCGCUCCCACCGGAUCCACCACUUCUGCCGUGCUGGAUAGUGCAAACUCAAUGCCCGCCGAUGUCAUUCCCAAUGUUUCGAGAUGUGUUUCUGUCGCCCCUACCUCCUUGACUACCGUGUAUCCGGCUGACGACUCGUCGGCGGAGAUGGAUUUCACGUCGUCCCCAGACAACGACCAUAAUACGCCAUCAUUAAAAAGCGGCUGGAGCACCGUCAGUACCAGCCGUAAACCUGCCUCCGCUGCCCGCCCUCGCACCGAGCUCAUCUCAGUUGGGAUCCAACUUCCGCCCUGUACCCUGAUUCCCAAGCUGCCUCUUUACGACUUGCUUGCCGCCAUCAUUUCCGCCGCACAUCUCUCCUCCAAAACCAGCGCACAGAUCACCCUUCAGGCCAACACAACGUUCCGGCCAAGUGCCGCCGCUGCGCUGCUCCCCUACCUGCAGAUCCUACCGCUCACGCGUGUGCCCAACCAUGGUGCAUUCAUUGCCAAGUAA